AUGGACGGACUUAUCAGAGAAUCAGAGCUGUUGGUAGCAAAAUUAGAGACAGCGCCAACACUUAAUGCUCUUGAAGCAUAUGUGCAACAGCUGAAGCAGGCAAAACAGCAGCUCUGUGAAUGUACAGACAGUACAUCGGCCUUAUCGACAUGGACGGCGAUACGGCCUACUCUACAACAUACAAUAACACAGAUAUCAGAGGCACAGCGUAAAGUGCAAACAGCAAUACAGCGUUAUGGACGGGUUCUUGAUAAACAAUUCCGUACAGAUUUAACGGGAAUUCACGUUCAUGAAAACUUUCCGGGAGAACCAGAAUGGCUACACUAUACAAUUGGGAUGCAUCUAGUUCGGGAGGCAGCGUUUGGAAUGGCAGAAACAUUUAUGGAGGAAACAAAUCUCAACCUGCCGACAGAUCUACUACAAGCUUUUCAACAACUUUAUUGUAUCCUAGAUGCAUUGCGUAACGAAAAUUUCCAAACAGCAAUUGAAUGGUCAUUUUCGAAACGUGCGUUACUUGAACAGCGUGGCAGUAACCUUGAAUUUGAUCUGCAUAAACUUCAAUUUAUCUCGAUAUUUGUAAGAUGUACCCAAGACAAUUAUACGGAAGCAAUUGAAUAUGCACGAACACAUUUCCCACCCUUUGCCAACAAAUAUUUAAAAGAAAUCAAACAACUUAUGUGUCUUUUUUGCUAUACAUCAAAUAUACAACUUUUUCCUUAUAAAGAAUUAUAUAUACAUGAUAACCUUUGGUCAUCGGUUCAGGCAUUAUUUAGUCGUGAAUAUUGCUCUUUAAUUGGAUUUGCACCCGACUCUCCCUUGCAAACAGUUUCUAUUGCAGGUUCUUUAGCAAUUCCAACAUUACUCAAAAUGUCAAGUAUUAUGAAAGAAAAAAAGACAGAAUGGACAAGUCAAAAUGAGCUUCCAGUUGAAAUUCCACUGCCAAGCAAAUAUCAAUUCCAUAGUGUUUUCACUUGUCCUAUCAGCAAAGAACAAACAACAGAUUCGAAUCCUCCGCUUAUGAUUCCUUGUGGACAUGUUAUUUCAAAAAAUUCAAUCGAACGACUCUCUAAAGAUAACCCUACUAGUAAAUUUAAAUGCCCUUACUGUCCAAGGAAUGCUUUUUUUUCUUAUAAACUAAUUAUUAAUACUUAUUAG